CAAAACGUAAACAAAGUGCUCUAAGUGAAUGCUAUGAAAAUAAGCAAGAAACACAGGAAAUCUAGGCGAGACAGUUCGUCAUCUUCGUCCAGCUCCUCCAGCAGCACUAGUAGUUCCAGUAGUAGCUGCAAAAACAAUCCUUCUCGUGCUAAAAGGAAGCAGGAUGCAUCUUCCAGUAGUGGCAGUAGUACCGACUCUGAACGCAAGCGUAGAAAAAAGCAAACGAAGAAAAAGCUUUUGAAACAACAGAAAAAGGACGAUAAAGCUCGUAAGAAGGCGCUGAAGAAGGAGAAAAAGGCCAGGCGACUGCAGGAAAAGUUGGAAAGAAAAUAUGCCAAGCGCAAACUGAAGGAAGAACGAAAGGCAGCAGCACGAAGCACCAAACAAUCGAAAUCGACUCCGACAAGCAGCCGGACUGUAAUCGAGAAUGCGAAUGUGCCAACGCCACUUGAUUGCGGCGUACCACUGGGCUUGAUGAAUCGAAAGGCUAGGGCUCCGGAAACGAAAGAAGAGUACGAAGCACGACAAUCCGUUAUUAGACGGGUUGUGGAUCCUGCAACUGGGCGCGCUCGGCUGAUUAAGGGCGAUGGAGAGAUCAUUGAAGAAUUCGCAAGCCGAGAACGCCACCAAGAAAUAAAUCGACAAGCGACGGCAGCUGACGGAGCUGAGUUUCAGCGGCGCACGGUGGGAUUUAAUGUUCCGUGAAACAUCGCUCAUCGCAGCAAUAUUUCAUAGUUGACUGUA